AUGUGGCCAAGUCGCGACGUUGAGACGUCCCAAGGGGAUGCAAGCUGGAACUAUCUGCGGUUCUUUCCGAACGUAAAGCCUUACGUUUAUAUGCAUCCGACUGCGGAUGGACUUCACGAGUUAGUGAUCCUGGACGGUCUCAGAUCAAAGGUCGUAUCCAACUCAGAUGACCCGCCAAACUCUUUCCAUUCCCGCGAUUUAUUUUCUCCACAUUCCACUAUUCAGGAUGCCUGGAAAUAUGUUGGUCGCAUGGACGAUCGUGUCACACUCGUGAAUGGGGAGAAGGUCCUACCGCUUCCGAUCGAGGGCCGAAUCAGAGAUCAUCCCUUGGUAGCUGAAGCAGUUGUGUUUGGGGCCCAGCGAGACUUCCCAGGCCUGCUAGUAUUCAAGGGACCGCGAGCUCAAGAGUUGAAGGAUGUCGAAUUUGUCGACAAUAUCUGGCCAGCUGUAGAAGAUGCAAAUUCACGUGCGGAGGGGUUUUCUCGAAUUAGUAAGGAAGCGAUUAUUCCUAUCGCGAGUGGAGUUUCAUACCUACGAACUGAUAAAGGGACCAUAAUUCGAGCGAAAGUCUACCUAGCAUUUGAAAGGGAAAUCAGUACCUUGUAUGAGAGCAUCCAGGGACAAGCAUCCGGGAUUGAGAGACCCGACCUACCUUGUCUGACGAGAGAGCUCCUUUCAAUUUGCAGGAAGGAUUUUAAUCUGGAUAUUGAGACUGUGGACGUGGAUCUUCUCAAUGUUGGCAUGGAUAGUUUGAAAGCUGCGCAUUUCUCAAACGCAAUUCGGACGCGAUUCUAUAUAGAAUCAGAGGAAAAGUGA